UUCUUCCGGAAGACUCCAUCGACCAUCAUGGCGCUAGCUAAGAGUGUCUACAAUCUGCUGUUCAGAAGAACCUCAACUUUCGCCAUAACCAUUAUGGUGGGAGCCGUUUUCUUCGAGCGAGUGUUUGACCAGGGCGGAGAUGCGAUAUUUGAUAACAUAAAUCGGGGGAAACUUUGGAAACACAUCAAACACAAUUACGAAGAGAAGGAAGAGGAAUAAACAUGGCUUCAGUGCAACUAGAGGAGUUUUCCUUCUACCAUCAUCCCAUUUCCUGAUGUGACCCCGUUGGAUUGUCCACUGGCUCUUGCUGUGUUUCAACUUCAAACUGGAUUGUCCUGGGAACAUAAGCAGAGACUGAUAGUUAUUAUCAAGUCCUUUAAACAUGUCACAUGACCACCUAAUAUUGUGUGAAAUGUCAUUCUUCAUGAUUUGUAAAGUGUUGCUAACUUAAUUCUGUGUUAAUAAACCCUACGACCCAGAA